CCCCAAAUAAAUUAUUUAUCCGACUUAACCACUUAAAAUUUAAAAUUACACAUUUUCGUCUUUCGUGUCCUCUUCUUCACUCGCAAAUUAGGGCUUCUUCUGAGCCAAGCUAUUCCGUAGCUUUCUCCCGUCGGUGGUGGGCGCCUCCAAAAUCGACCCUUUGGUUUACAUAAGUUUUGAAGAUUCAGACUUUCACCAUUGAAUCCCGCUCUAAGCCCUAAUAGCGCUAGCAGUACGAUGGUGAGGAGGGGUCGCAGCGGCGGAGGCGGUGGUAUGGGUGGAGGAAUUAAUCGGCGAUACCUGAGUCAAGUUAUGGAGUCGUGCGGCAAGGAUUUAACUACGGCGGAGGACAUCGUCGACGAUCUCCGUUCCAGGUACGGUAAUUUUGCGAGGUUGACUCGGCAAGUGCUUCUGCUCAACGUCAGGCAAAUACUUAAUGUCAGAGAUAACAAGCGGGCUAAAGACGAAGAGGAAUAUGAGAACAAUGACGACGAUGAGGAAGUUUCUGCCAAGAGGAAGAAACAGAGACGGGUUGAUGAGAAAGAGGACAAGUUGCAGCGAGCGGAACAGUCGCAUCUCAUGAGGAGAAAUAAGGAGCGAUCGGUGUCUUCUUCCUCGUCGGAAGACAGUGGCGAGGUGUCGACUUCUGAGGACGCCAUCUACAGCGAGAAGCUGAGUCCGCGCUUUGAUUUGAUCAAUGACACUCUACGAGAUAGCUACGCUAAGAUGAAUAGCUCCUCGAAGAAACCAAUUGGGUCUUCUUCUCCUCCGCCUGUGGAAAAGAAUGUGGAAGUUGAGACUGUGACCAACAAAGGUAGAAGCAAGAUGACAACAAUGGGGUCGAGAAAGGAGGCCAAAGUCUCUCUUUCCGCCAGUGGAACUACUGGUAAUGGCGAUCUGGGAGUGGAGGGUAAUAAAGGACCCACAUUUAAAGAUUUCGGUGGGAUAAAGAAAGUGUUGGAUGAAUUGGAGAUGAAUAUUCUGUUCCCGAUUCUGAAUCCUGCGCCGUUUAAGAAGAUGGGAGUGAAGCCACCAAGCGGGAUUCUGUUCCAUGGACCACCUGGCUGUGGAAAGACCAAGCUGGCCAAUGCCAUUGCCAAUGAAGUUGGUGUUCCGUUCUAUCAGAUCUCAGCGACUGAAGUGGUUUCUGGUGUUUCCGGUGCUUCGGAAGAGAAUAUUAGAGAGCUCUUCUCUAAAGCAUAUAGGACCGCGCCUUCGAUUGUGUUCAUCGAUGAGAUUGAUGCGAUCGGAUCAAAGAGAGAGAACCAGCAAAGGGAGAUGGAGAAGCGGAUAGUGACGCAGUUACUGACUUGUAUGGACGGGCCUGGAAACAAGGGCGACAAAAAUGAUGCUGAAUCUAAGGCUGGCUUUGUUCUCGUCAUUGGAGCUACGAAUAGGCCUGAUGCUCUCGAUCCUGCUCUGAGGAGAAGUGGGCGAUUUGAGUGUGAGAUUGCUCUGAGCGUUCCAGACGAAGAUGCAAGGGCUGAGAUACUCUCUGUUGUAGUCCAAAAACUUAGUCUAGAAGGCCCCUUUGACAUGAAAAGAAUAGCUCGUAUAACACCAGGUUUUGUCGGAGCCGAUUUGGAAGGUGUUGCUUACAAGGCUGGCAGGAUCGCCAUAAAGAGGGUCAUGGACUCAAGAAAAUCGCAACUGUCCGGUGACUCCGAAGAUGAUAAAUCUUGGCUGAGGCGGCCCUGGCCGGAAGAAGAGUUGGAAUCACUCGCCGUCAAAAUGUCUGAUUUCGAGGAAGCAGUGAAGUUAGUUCAGGGAUCUUUAACUAGAGAAGGAUUCUCUACCGUACCCAAUGUCAAAUGGGACGAUGUUGGUGGACUUGACCAUCUACGGCGUGAACUCAACAAUUACAUUGUCAGACCUAUCAAAAAGCCUGAGAUCUAUAAGGCUUUUGGGGCAAACUUAGAGACAGGAUUUUUGCUCUAUGGACCACCGGGCUGUGGCAAGACCUUGGUUGCAAAGGCAGUUGCAAACGAGGCAGGAGCCAAUUUCAUGUACAUCAAGGGUGCAGAAAUUCUAAAUAAAUACGUUGGAGAAAGCGAGCUUGCUAUUCGAACCUUGUUUCAGCGCGCCCGGACAUGCUCGCCAUGUGUACUCUUCUUUGAUGAGGUGGAUGCUUUGACAACGAGUCGUGGCAAAGAAGGUGCUUGGGUUGUCGAACGACUUUUGAACCAGGCGUUGAUCAAAAUGGAUUUGGAUGUUCCACAGUUUCUCGCGGAGCUGGACGGUGGGGAGAGGCGUAAUGUAUAUGUAAUUGGAGCUACAAACAGGCCAGAUGUAGUUGAUUCUGCUUUCUUGAGACCCGGUAGGUUUGGGAAUCUUGUGUACGUGCCCCUCCCUAACGCUGAUGAGCGUGCUUCAAUUCUAAAAGCUAUUGCAAAGAAGAAACCCAUAGAUCCUGGUGUUGAUCUGGAUGCCAUUGCAAAGAUGAACUGUGAAGAUUUCAGCGGAGCUGAUCUCGCUAACCUGGUGGACAAAGCUAUACACCUGGCAGUGGAUGAGAAAUUCAGGGCCAGUGAGUCGUCUGAAGAUGACGUCACAGGUUCAGCUGAGUGUACCAUCAACAUGACUCAUUUCGAGCAGGCCUUGUCCUUAGUCCCACCCUCUGUCAACAAACUGCAAAUUAAACACUACGAGGACCUAUCUAAAAAGCUACAAAGAAGCAGUGUAAGGAACAUCGAACAAAUCACCAUAGGAUCAUCUUGACUAAAAACACACUCUUAUUUAUAAAUGUUUGCAAAAUCCCAUUUUUCUGAGGUAGAUGCCAUAUCUUUUAUAUAAACCACUCGUCUGUUGUUCAAUUUCAGACACGGAAAGAGAAUCAAAUUUUGUUUGUUAUCAGGUUCGUAAAAUUACAACAACAGGAAAAAAUUGUAUAUACAGAGGAGAUAUAGAAAGAAAGAGAGAACACGAGCUAUAAGUAACAGACCUAUAAACUUUUAGAGGACUGGUAAUAUGUGAGGUGCGUAUCAUAUAUCAGGCAGUUUCUCGUUUGCAGUUGCCAGGUAAUAAGUACUUGUAACUAUCAGCAUUCUGGAUGAGAUAUCCAGGGAGAUGAACAGCUGAGUAGGAGCGAGGAAUGGGACCUAGUUUGCCGAUAAUCUCUCUGAAAGUGUGUUCUUCAGGAAGCAUAUCGAAAAGAUCAGUGCCUUUGCAGAUGACAUCUUGGAUUCGUUUCGGGUUGAGAUAAUGCAAGAAUCUAACGCGGUCGGUGUGGCUGUAAGCCUUCAUCUUGAAGACGAAAUCUUGGAUGCGUCUGAAACAGAAGCUGCAGUGCCAGCCUGAAUCCGUCAAAAGAUUGUUGCUUUGGCGGAAAUGAGCGUACCGGGUUUUGCCAGGCUUGUAGAGAUGAACCGAAGCUCUCCAGCUUUUGCUGUCGAGGUAGUACUCGUACGAGUAGAGGUAGUUUCUCAGCUGAAGAUGGAGGAUCGGUGGGAAGCCGUCACACCAUCUAAGCAGGUUUAUGGUGUGAGCGCUCGGGAUCUCGUCGACGUCCGACAUGAUCAAAAGAUCGUCUUCCUUGAUGCCCGCGAGUUUGAUCAGCUGGUCAAGUGCAAGCCUUUGGAACGAUUCUUCCACAAAGGGGUUUUCGCCUUUCCUGAAUCUGCCUCCUACGUGCCCAUAGGACAGCCUCGGCUCGACGAAUUGGAAACUCUUGUCCCGGUUAUCUGCGAAAGCCAAGGGUUUGGGGAGUCCGGUGAAAGUGGAGUUGGAUUCAAGAAGCACGAACUGGGUGAUGUAAGGAUCUAGCUCUUUCCAGCGGAUAGUGAGCAUAUCGAUCUCGUUGCUGAACAAGACAGCGUCGAAGACUCGUUUUGGAGACUCGCGGAUUCUCCAGCCGUGGAGACUGCAGAGGGUGGCCAUGGAAGUGUUGUGGUGGUAGUAAUGGGGAAGGAUGUUAAAUGGUUUAGGAGGUGAUUCCCACAGAGGUCUCAAGAAAUACGUGAUCUUCUGACCGUGUACGUACAUUCCCAUGACGCACAUUGGCACGAGAACGAAGAGAAAUAUACAUGUUUUGAAUUCCACUCCUCUUGCCUUGACAUGGCCUUGCCUGCUCGAGAACCCCCCUGUCCACAAACAUCUUCGCAGAUGUUAUCCGUCUUCUUGGAACUACAAUAACCAUCAGACAUGUCUCCACAGAGUUUUGUCAGGAAUGUCGGAGAAGAAUCCACCCAAAAAAAAGGUGGGAUUUUUUUAAUAAGAAAAAAAAAAACAAGAGAGAGAGAUGUCUGGGAGGAAGAUGAAGUCCGAAAAGUUCUCUCUGGAAAUGGAUCCCUGAAACUCUAACACCAAUUAUAGCCGUUUGGUGUGCUUUUUAGCUUCCAUAUCUAGAAUUAAGUAACACAACAUUUCACUACUCUUAAGUCUCUCACAAAGAAAAAUAAAAAAAUACUCAGCACAAAAAUUUCAUCCGUCAGAUCUUCCGAGGGAUUUUAAGUAUUUUGCUCUCUCUCUCUCUCUCUCCAAAACCCCCGAAAUUAAAAAUCCUUUUU